AUGUCUUUAAAAUUAAAUCUUGAAGUUCCAAAGUUUUUGAAAUCCGUUAGGUAUACUUUGGCCGCAGUAAAUGGAUUGUUUUUGUUAACUGGUUUCCUGCUGCUAAUCGUUGGGGUUGUGAUCCUCGUCCAAUAUUCUGAGUAUGAAGUAUUCGUCACUCAAAGAUUCUUCACAAUACCAGGAUUCGUGAUUGCGACAGGCGUGAUUAUAUGCAUUGGAUCCAUCCUAGGGUUUUAUGGAGCGAUUUCAGAGCAGUUUUACUUUAUUGCUGGGUACGUGAUGCUGUCCAUAGUGGUACUGGUCUUCGAAAUAGUUAUUAUAAUAAUUGCGUUCGCUUUGAGUAACGACGCGGUGUCCGAGAUCAGAGCUCCGAUGUUGCAAAGUCUCCAGCUGUACGAGAGUAGACGAGAUAUAGCCAGGCUUUGGGACGACUUGCAAAUGGAAUUCGAGUGCUGCGGAGUGUCUAGCCGUUUGGACUACACGUCAAGUAGGAUCCCCGUGAGCUGCUGCCACAUAGACUACGGCACUAUAUCGCCAUUCGAGUGUGGUGCGGCCAACGCUUACACGACGGGCUGCGCGACUUUUCUCGGCGAAUGGCUUGCAUACAACGCGUAUGUGAUAGCGGUUUGUGCUAUCGUUGCCACGUGUCUACAGGUCUUAUUAUCAGCGAUGUCAGGGUGGCUGGCCUACAGAUCGAAGUUCGAAGAGGUUGAAUUGGAGUCUUGA